CUUCUUACUAAAUUAUUAUUAGAAAAAAUUAAAGCAUCACAACCAACACAUAUAGUAGAUGUUAGCAGUAGUGCACAUGAAUUUGCUCCUGAAGCUAUUACUACCUUAUAUUGUGCUACAAGUCCAGAAAUCGAAGAGAAAAAUUAUCGUGAAAAGUAUUUUGAAUUAUUUGGUAGAGAAGUUGAGCCGACUUCAGAUGCUCAAGAUGAAGAUUUAGCUAAAAGACUUUGGGAAUAUACGGAGAAUCUGAUAAAUGAAAAAUUACCACAAAAAUGA